AAGAUGCGUCGAGUUCCAGACACAAGACAAACCAGUUUAGGUGGGCUCUCAUAACGCUCCUCCGUGUGUUCGCUUCAUCUACUGCAACGGGCAGUCCGGUUUGAUUUAUCAAUCUUCGAAGACCAGAAAAGGACGACUUCUUCACUCAUUUUAUUGCCAAUGCUACAAGCUUACAAGUAACUGGAAAUAGUAUCACAUGAUAGUAUUUUAAAUUACAUCCGCUAUAUUUUCUACACUGCACCGCCCAACCUGUCACGUUUCGAGACACGCCGGGUAAUGUAAACAUACGCACCUAACUGCACAUCACGGAUGUGACGUCAGCGCGCUGCAAUUCAAACUUCAGGAAACGAAAGCGUUUCGUUAGAAAACGGUCUUGUUGUUACAGACUAGUUUGAGAGGAUAUUCAGUUCGCUUCAUCUUCCAGGUGACUUCCUCAACACCCAACAAAGCAGCCAUGACAUCUAAAGGUGCCAAAGAGACCAUCGUCACCAGGUUGGGUUUCAAAUCCAGCAGCUCUGCUUCCAAGGCUGAGGCGGAGCUGGAGAAAGUCAAGAAGGACAACGCUCACCUCCGGAGAAAGAUUGAUGAACUGGCCAAACGACACAUCAAACCCCCAGACUCAGACAAAUCCAAGCUACUGGAGAGGAUCCUGUCCCUCGAGACGCUGCGAGAGAGAAACAAUCAGCAGUUGCUCGUCAAAGACCAGGAUCUAGAAACAAUGAGACAGCAGCUGUCAGCUCGAGGAGGAGAGGUGGUGGCGUCACUGCAGUCCCAGCUGGAACAGCGCAGGAAGGAGGCCGAGCAGAGAGACGCGUUGUUCCUGAAUUUGUCACAGGAGACUGGGAACCUGAAAAACCAGCUGGCCACCGUCUCUGCCCGCUGCCAGUCCCUGGAAACACAGGCGGUGCAUGGACAGGUACCUCCUGUGGACUUGGCAUUGGUACAAGAUCAACUCAGAGACGCUCUUGAGAAGAACCUCCAGUGGCUGACGUACGACCAGCAGAGAGAAGCCUACGUCCAGUCCGUCCUCGCUCGCACACUGGAGCUGGAGCAGCAGCAACAAAACAAACAAGAGGUCACAUCAGAGGCCAACUCAGCAGGUCCAGAAAAGGACAUUGAGCUGAAGAGCCACUACGAGCAGUUGCUGUCGGGGGUACAGAAGAACCUGGAGAGGCAAAAAGAUCAGGUGACCAGAAGCCAGCAGGAGCUCGAUGUACAGAGGGGACGGACGUCGAAAGCUCAGGCGGAGCUGCUGUCUCAGAAGGAGCAGGUCGGCAGGCUCCACGAGGAGAUGUCGGCACUGCAGAGGAGGUACGAGGAACAGUGCAGCGACAUGUCGUCCUUCCUGAGGAAGUACGAAGAGAGGGGCAAAGAGUCCGAGGACGUAAAGAUGCAGCUGCAGGCGGAGCGACUCGGCAACAGACAUGUAGUGUCCGAGGAGAGAAAGGUGUCGUCCGAGCGGUCGGACAGGAUGAGAACGGAGCUGGAGAGCAUGGACAUCAGACUGGAGGAGGAGAGGAAGAGAUCUGCUGAACUUCUACUGCAGGUGAAUAUGCUGCAGAAGUCUCUUCUGAGCCAGAAUGAAGAACAGAGGAGAAUCGCAGCAAUGGAGCAACAGAAUCCGAAGUUCUGUGACUUUGUGGACAAACAGACCGGGUACAAGACUAAAUGCAUGCUCACUUUCCCUCUGAUGGCUGAGAAAGAGUGCCUUGGAGUCGUCUUGGCACUAAACAAAAUAGGAGCGGACACGUUCACUGCAGAGGAUGUGAAUCUCUUCCACAAGUACAUGAACUUUGCCCAAGUCAUCGCCAUGCAGCAUUACACAGCCUACAUGUUCAACGUGGAGUCCAGAAGGAGUCAGGUACUGCUCUGGUCGGCCAGUAAAGUGUUUGAGGAGUUGACAGACAUUGAGAGACAGUUCCACAAAGCGCUCUACACUGUAAGGACCUAUCUACUAUGCGAACGAUACUCAGUGGGUCUGUUGGACAUGACCAAAGAGAAGGAAUUCUACGAUGAAUGGCCGGUAAAACUGGGAGAUGUGGAACCCUAUAAAGGACCAAAAACGCCAGACGGCAGGGAAAUCAUCUUUUACAAGAUCAUUGACUACCUCCUGGAAGGCAAAGAAGAAAUCAAAGUCAUACCUGGUCCGCCUGCAGAUCACUGGGCUCUAGUUAGUGGCCUCCCGACCUACGUUGCAGAGAAUGGCUUUAUUUGCAACAUGAUGAACGUGGCUGCAGAUGAUUUCUUCACUUUCCAGAAAGAGGCUGUGGACGAUUCAGGUUUUGUCAUCAAAAACUGUUUGUCGCUGCCCAUUGUCAACAAGAAGGAAGAAAUUGUGGGCAUCGCCACUUUCUUCAACAGGAAAGACGGCAAGCCCUUUGAUGAACACGAUGAACAGAUCACUGAGGCCCUGACGCAGUUCUUGGGUUGGUCAGUGCUGAACUGCGACACGUAUGACAGGCUGAACCGUAUGGAGUACAGGAAAGACAUCGCCCAGGAGAUGCUCUUGUACCAGUCGAGGUGCACCACAGCUGAGCUGCAGUCCAUUCUGAACACCAACGAAAAGUUUGACUCAGAACCUGAAGACUGCGACCAGAAAGAGCUGUACAAACUGUUGAGAGCAACCUGCCCGCCCGCCGACAAUGUCAACGGAGAGAAUCUGUACUUGUUCUCCUUCAGUGACUUCCCCGUCUCAGAGUUUGACCUCAUCAAAGCCGGCAUUCGCAUGUUCUUUGAGCUCGGAGUUAUUGAAAAGUUUAAAGUUCCUGCAGAGACGCUGACUAGGUGGAUGUACACGGUGAGGAAGGGUUACCGUUCCAUCACCUACCACAACUGGAGGCACGGCUUCAACGUGGGCCACACCAUGUUCUGCCUGCUGCAGACAGGGAGGCUGAGGAAGUACUACUCUGAUCUAGAUGCCUUCGCCAUGGUGGCUGCUGCUUUCUGCCACGAUAUCGACCACAGAGGGACCAACAACCUCUACCAGACAAAGAGUUCGUCUCCUCUGGCUAAACUUCAUGGCUCCUCCAUCAUGGAGAGGCACCAUUUGGAGUACAGCAAGACGCUCAUGGCUGAGGAGAGCCUGAACAUCUUCUGCAACCUCCAGAAGCGUCAGUUUGAGACUGUGCAGCAUUCGUUUGAUGUCUGCAUCAUCGCCACUGAUCUGGCCCUUUACUUCAAAAAGAGAACCAUGUUCCAAAACAUUGUGAACGCCACAGAGCCAAUGCCAGACGAAAAGGAGGCCAUUGCCUUUAUUUCCAACAACCCCACCAGGAAGGAAAUCGUGAUGGCCAUGAUGAUGACAGGUUGUGACUUGUCAGCUAUCACCAAACCCUGGGAAGUACAGAGCAAGGUGGCUCUGAUGGUCGCAGCUGAAUUCUGGGAACAGGGAGAUUUGGAGAGAAAUGUUUUGGACCAACAACCAAUUCCCAUGAUGGACAGAAACUGUUCCGAACAGCUUCCCAAGAUGCAGUGUGGCUUCAUCGACUUUGUGUGCUCAUUUGUGUACAAGGAGUUCUCCAGGUUCCACAAAGAGAUAAAGCCCAUGUUUGACGGUCUGAACAACAACAGGGCACACUGGAACGAGCAGGCCGAGGUAUACAACGCCAAGAUGAAGGUCAUUGACGAGCAGAAGAAGAAACUGGAAGAAGAUGAAGCCAGGAAAGCUGGUGGUGGCGGCGACGGGAAGUCAAAGACCUGCACCAUCUGCUAAAUCCCCUCGGGUGCUUGGAUCUGGACUGAUGCGGUCUGGUUAGAACUAAUCUAGGCUACGCUAGCCUAUUCUGGUCCGACAACUAGUCUAGUUGGGACUCGACUAGGCCAGCUUGGUCUGGUCUGAUCUACAGCAGCGUAGUUCUCUCUGGUUAGGUGGUCUCCGCUCUGCUGCAGGCCAGUCCAGCCCUGUUUGGAUCUGGUCGGGUUCAGUCUAGCCUAUUUUAGUCUAGUGUAGUCAGGUCUGGUCUGCGGUCCAGUCUGCGGUCAGCCUAACUAUUCUCCGAGGAGCGAAGAGUCGGAAACAUCACCAAGAAGUAACGUUGGGACUCUGCGAGAGAAGCUGGUUUGACUCGGAAGAUGCGAUGCGUUUGAAAUUUCCUCCUUUGUCCGCUCCGUACAACACACAGCCAUGAACUUUUGAAAAAUAUAUACAUGGACAACAUAUAUUUCCCUUUUAACGUAGCAUAUAAUCAGUCCCGAUAUGUAUGGUUGGAAAUCAGGGUUGGGUAAGCUCAGAAGCUGUAAGCAAAUGUUCCAAACUCUUCAGUAUAAGUAGCUCUACUAGGGGAUAGCAUGUGCUGCAUGUGGGGUGUAUACAUGCCAAAGCAAUAGUUUUCAGUUACUACACAGUAUAGUAGGACUGUAGGUUGCACAAUGCACUUAGCUGCUGCUGUUUUGGCAGCGGCAGGCCAUGGGUGUGUGGAGGAAUGGGGUUAAAAUUCAGUUUUUGGUUAACAGUAGCACAAGUUCUGAAGGAGUCUGUUAAUGCUGUAACACAACCCUUUGAAGCUCAGAUACAGCGAGUGACAACAUGCAAUCAUCGAGGGCUGAUGUUCUCUUACCUCAAAAGGUGCUGAUGAGUUGUGUGAGGGUAUAUUUAUGUCAAUAUGCAAUCUAUAUCUAUAUACAUAU